AUGCAACGUGCUGGUCGCGCUGGUCGUAGUAAGCCUGGAAAGUGUUUGCGGAGAUCCCUGUUUCGCUACAUGCUCACGAGCUUUCUGAGGUACCCAGUCUUCCAGAAUCUCAUGUACGAAAAAGUCUGCCUUGCACAUCAUGACCAGGACUUGUCUUUUUGUUCGAAUGUAUCAGCCUAUUACUCUGACCAAGUCAUACAAGCUGGAAGGAAUCACUUUUAUUUUUUAUCAUCCAUCGUACUGCUUCCGUCAUUCCUUUCAACUCUAGCAUUAGAAGCAGUCACAAUCCUCAGUUAUGGCGCAAAAACAGCAUCCACUACUCGUCGCAGUAUUAGAAUAGCUGGUCUCGAAGGUGCUACUGGCCUUGGAGGUACUAUAGGAUAUGCCGUUUCUGGCACAAUCCGAGAGCAAGCAUCUAUUCUGAACUUCGCCUUUUAG